AUGUUACGACGAGCUCGUAUUUUAUAUAAACAAAUUUUAUAUUAUUUUCCAUCUUAUAAAGAAGAUAUUCGAAUAAUGAGUGCUCUUAUUGAUAUGUUUGGAAAAUAUGCUGAUGUUACUACCGCUCAAGAACUAUUCGAUACAAUUGAAAAUAAGAAUAUCAUUUCGUAUAAUGCUCUGAUAAAUGCAUAUGAUAUGAAAUAG